CUCAUUCCAUUCGCCCAGUUACUGCUACAGUCACCAUGGACAGCCCCCUCCUCUCCCCCGCAAAAGCCCGCCAAGCGGCCAUCCAGGCCAAAGACUGGGCGUACGUGAACGCAUGGUUGAAUCGCCAGUAUUCCCCGAAUCCUGUCCCACCCUUCGAGCGAAACGAAAACACUCUACGAACCUUGCUAGCGCUGGCAGCUGCCAACGACGCCGCGGACGACGAAGCCACCCUCCUCCACCAGGCACGCGAGCAAACGGUCGAGUCCUUCAAGGCGCGCGAACACCAGCUGGUCAAGCAGAAAGAAGAAAUACUAGACACGGUAGAGCUGUGUCUCGACGACAAUGCGCAGCGAAGCCUUGACGACAUCGCCGAAACGGCCGUGAAUUUGAAUGCCCUCGGCACGGAGACGACCGACCUCAGUCAAUCCGUCAUCGAACUCACUAAGGAGGAGUUCGCGACCCGAGAACAACUGUCUCGAGUGGAAACCUUGCGCAAUCAUCUGGAGAGGGAGCUGGAAAUGCUCCGGGAACAACUCGAUGAUCUACACUCCAACCCGGCCUACGAAGCGGCCGCCGAUCUGCCGGCGCUGACGGCGGAGUGGACGAGAAGCACGAAGUUGUUGGUUGCCAAGGUCAACGAGUAUCAAGACAAGUAUACGUCUUUGGAAAGGAAUAGGCAGAAAGGACCGACUCUUCAGGAGAUAGUCGCGGAAGAAGAACACUGUACGAGGCUUAUCGACGCUACGCGGAGACUGGAAUCCCAAGUCCGGAUGUUCCAUGACCUCCCCAAAGACAUCCGGGGUGCUCGUGCCAAAUACAAGGAGCUGGAACUGGAACUGGGCAACCUCACGCAGGAACGAGAUUCCAUGUUCGAGAAUCUUGUGGAUGGAUAA